AUGCAGACAAUCAAAUGCGUAGUUGUAGGCGAUGGUGCCGUUGGUAAAACUUGUCUGUUAAUUUCGUAUACAACCAAUAAGUUUCCUAGCGAAUAUGUACCUACGGUCUUUGAUAACUAUGCGGUUACUGUCAUGAUUGGUGGCGAGCCAUAUACCCUUGGAUUAUUUGAUACUGCAGGACAAGAAGAUUAUGACCGCUUGAGACCCUUGUCAUAUCCACAGACCGAUGUAUUCUUAGUCUGCUUCUCCGUUGUUAAUCCUUCCUCUUUUGAAAACUGGGUGCCGGAAAUUUCGCACCAUUGUCCAAAAACUCCAUUCCUGCUUGUUGGAACACAGAUUGAUUUACGUGACGAUUUGGCUACGAUAGAGAAGUUAAAUAAAAAUAAAUUGAAACCUAUUACUUCUGAUGCCACAGAAAGAUUAAGUAAAGAACUUAAAGCCGUUAAAUAUGUUGAAUGUUCUGCUUUGACGCAGAAAGGAUUGAAGAAUGUUUUCGAUGAAGCGAUAUUGGCUGCUUUAGAGCCCCCGGAAGAAAAGAAGAAGAAGAAAUGUGUUCUAUUGUAA